CGGCCAGGUUCUUAAGCGUGCGGUUCCUUUCGCUUGGCGCUGCGUCUCGCGCUCGGUCGGUUCCUUUAUCGCGUUGCCCCCAGAACGAGAGAGAAAGAGAAAGAGACUGUGGCUCGCCGGGGACUUUUUCCGCGAGCGAUUUUCCCGUGACCGGGCAACCCGUGCGCGCACACAAAAUCGACGCCGGUGUCUCGGCUGGCCCGCGCGUCCGGCACCGGCGGAAGUGAACGAAAAUCUCGAGGAACGCGAACGGACGAAAGAAAAAUACAGGACAGUGACACAAAGGGAAGGAAAAAGAGAGGGAAAAGAAGGAACAGGAACUGUCUGAGGGUGAACGGGGCCCCGACGACGACGCCCACAAAACGGAAACCGCUUCGAUUCACCGGCGCACGGAAGAGGGAGGAAAGGGGUAGGGUCGGCACAUGACUUUCCACGGAUUCCUGAACGUCGUGGAACCGCGUUGAGCCGGAUUGUAUGCAAAUACUCGAGGAAAUAUCCGCGGGCAGCCUGUGUCUACUGCCUCUCUGUCCGACCCCGCCAGCCUCCGAUCGGCUAUCCUGUCGUUAUUUACGCCGCUGACUAACGUUCCCGUGGAAGAGGUCCACUCGAGGCGAUCGUGCAUACCGCGCGAUCAUUUCGCACACCAGGGGAAGAGUCUUCACCGCAGGAGCAACAUCAGUAUGAAAAGAAAAAUUCGAGCUUUACGAUGCACGUAAACGGGCAUUCAACACACAGCACGAGGCAAAAAAUGGAAAAUGCAUGAUGGGUCGAGUAGAGUUUAAGAAGUUCCGGAAUCAGCGAGAAACUUCGUAAGAAAUAGACAGUUUAAUUAAAGGACGAAGCAAAUGCAUUGCGAAACAUACGGCUCGAUGCCAAGAAGCAUCGGUCAAGUAAAGGGAUCAACAGUGUUCUAAAUUUACAUGAAGAAGGAAGAAUUAAGUGUUUUAAUUAGUUAUCCAGUUUAUCGGGAACGCACGUGUUCUCGUCGUGUUUCGAAAGGAGUCACUCGGUCGAGGAAACAUGGUGCGAGACAGUACGUUGGCUCUAUUUGCGCUUGUUAAUCAGUUCAAUUGAAUAACGUAUUAAUACGUUGGGGUCAUCGCGAAGGGUUUAUCGCAAUGUCCACGCCGGACACGAUGGAUACCAUCGAUGAAGCGGAGCAGGCGUGGCACGAGAUGCUAGAGUGCGAGACCGGAUCCCUGUUGGGCCGUGUCGCGGACCUCGAGAGGCAAUCCUUGGCGCAGAGAGACGAGAUAGUUUGUCUUCGCGCUACUCUCGCGGACGCGCUCAGGCGAAUUGCCCAAUUGGAAGGACGCGACAAGAGGGAGGACGAGAGGAAUGAAAGGAGGAACGAGAGGAUGAUGCCCUCGCCUUUGCGAAAUGGACACGUUCCGCUUAGAAGUAAUCAAAAUUCAGUUCCCCAAAAAGAUAUACGCUUACGCCAAACUAACAGCUCUUGUUUGAGGAAUUCUUCUUCCUCAGGAUCUUCUCAGGAUGUUAGGGAUUCUAUGUCCAGCCCACGGAGGCCAGUCAGUUAUACACAUUCGUCACAACUUCCUCAAAGAAGGUCAGUUCAUUACCAAUCGACUGGUUCGUUACACUCGGACAGUCCCAGUAGUAGUAGCGUUUCCCCGGUGCCAUCGCCAAGUCCCCGAGCCACGCCACUGCCCGUAGCCAGAUCACCGACAACAAGAUCAAACGGUCCACCCCAAAGCAGCUUACGAAGGGCGAAACGGUGGUCGUCGACAGGGGACUUUACGCAUUCGCCGCAAAAUCAGGGAAGCAACUCACAACUUGUCAGCAGCAGAUUGUCAGCAUCCACCAAGUCUCUCUUCAACCUCUUCAAGCCCCCGGCGAUGAACAACGUGAAACACGGCACCAGAGACAUGCAGUACAACGAGGAAGAAAGUACUGUCCGCAUGUACCUGAGAGGACGACCGGUGAUCCUCUACGUGCCAACACCGUUAAUGGAGUCCUACGAUCUUCGCAAAGUUAGCACACCACCGCAGAGCAAGCUGAAGCUUAACUGGGUUUAUGGUUAUCGUGGCAGAGACUGUCGAAGUAAUCUGCAUCUGUUGCCGACAGGGGAAAUUGUUUAUUUUGUCGCGGCCGUGGUGGUCCUGUACAACAUGGAGGAACACAGCCAGAGGCAUUACUUGGGACACACGGAUGACAUAAAGUGCAUAGCUAUUCACCCAAACAAAUUGAUAGUUGCUACAGGCCAAGUGUGUGGAACUGACAGACGAGAUGCCAUGCCACAUAUAAGAAUAUGGAAUUCGGUCAGUUUAACCACGCUCUGCGUAAUUGGUAAUGGAGGAUUCGAUGGUUCCAUUUGCUGCCUCUCGUUUUCGAAGGCAGAUGGUGGAAAUUACUUGUGCGCGAUAGACGAGACAUCCGAUCAUAACAUCUCGAUCUGGGAUUGGCAGAAAGGAGAACGAGGUACCAAAGUAACCGAGACGAAGUGUUCAGUCGACACUGUGGUAUGUGCUGAAUGGCAUCCGCUCGAACGGAAUCAGAUUGUAUCUUGCGGUAAGGGACACGUGUCGUUUUGGUCCCUCGAUAACGGCGGUAUGCUGUACAAACGAAUGGGCAUUUUCGAAAGUAGAGAAAAACCGAGAUACGUAACUUGCGUAGCUUUCAAUCAAAGUGGUGAUGUUCUAACUGGCGACAGCAACGGUAAUAUUAUCGUCUGGGGCAGAGGUACAAAUACAAUUGCCAAGUUAGUAAGGAACAUUCACGAAGGGUCCAUAUUCUCGAUUUGUGUUCUGAAAGACGGUUUUAUUGUCACUGGUGGCGGCAAAGAUGGCAAAAUAUUAUAUUUCGAUGAAUCCUUGAAUUUGACUGGAGAGGAAGCACAAAUUGAGGAUCAUUUUGGAGGAAUUCGUACGCUUGCAGAGGGCAAAGGUACACAAUUACUAAUUGGGACAACAAGAAAUUGCAUUUUAGUCGGCGAUGUGGGAAUGGGAUUCAACCCGGCCAUGUUAGGUCAUGCCGAAGAAGUUUGGGGCCUUGCUGCACAUCCGACAUUACCGCAAUUUGCAACUGCUGGCCAUGAUAGGUUGCUGCAAAUGUGGGACAGUCUUAGUCACACUGUUGUUUGGAGUAAAGACAUUGGUGAACAAGCACAAAGUCUUGGCUUCUCACCGGAUGGUAACGUGAUAGUAGUUGGAUGCACUUCUGGAAAAUGGUUAGCGAUCGACAGUGAGACACGAGAAUUGUAUACCCAUCAUAGCGAUGGAACAGAACCCAUUCAGGCUGUGCGAUUUUCACCAGAUGGUACGCUUUUGGCGCUUGGUUCCAGGGAUAAUUAUAUUUAUAUUUAUCAAGUAAAUAGUGAUGCAACCAAAUACAGUCGCGUCGGGCGAUGUAUGGGACAUUCCAGUUUUAUAACUCAUGUAGACUGGUCAAUCGAUGGACAAUAUUUACGAAGCAAUAGUGGAGACUAUGAACUACUGUAUUGGAAUCCUGGAGUUUGUCGGCAAAUUCCACAACCUUCUGCAUUAAGAGACGUGGAAUGGGCAACUCAUACGUGUAUCAUAUCCUUCGAAACAAUUGGGAUAUGGCCAGAAGGUGCAGAUGGUACAGAUGUGAACAAUUGUUCACGCAGUGGAGAUUCAAAGCUUUUAGCAACUGGUGAUGAUUUUGGCAAAGUCAAAUUAUUUUCGUAUCCCGCUUGUCAAUCAAAGUCCCUCUGUCACACAUACGGCGGUCACUCGAGUCACGUCACAAACGUGUCGUUCCUCCAAGACGACACACGAUUAAUUUCCACUGGCGGAAAUGACACAAGCGUUCUACAAUGGAUUGUAAAUUACUAACCCCCUUCAGUCGAUGACAUUUAAGCACACUGAUUUAUUUUCGAAGUGUCCUUCGUGGUCGAGUAGCGUGAAAUGAAUAAAAGAAACAGCAGGAACGUAAAACAAGAAAAGGAAUUGAACAGUCGUCGAAUGUAAUUUCGGAAAGUUACGCGAACGAUGGAAGAAAAGAUGAUUAUUGUAAUAAAUUUGUGAAGGAGUUAAAUAAUAAUAUAGAAGGUAAUGAUAAUUUUUUAAUAGAGCCCGCAGAAAAUUCGUGGCGACGAAUGCAAGGAGAUUAAGAAUGUAUUGCUUUAAAACGAUUAUUACCUCUCCUUGAAAAGUGUCCUUCUGAAACAAACGAGAUGGCGGAACAUAUAGAAUAAGGAACAAAAUUUUCUUCGUGAUUUCACGAUCGAUGAAUCGAGGAAGGAUUGCGACAGGGUAUUCGAAGGGAAAGCCUAGAACGGUGGAAGAUGAAUUGAAUUUAUUUGUAAGAUUACUUCGUGGAUGAAUGGCAAGAAGGAAGUGUGAACAAGUUAUUUUGACUACAGGAUUCUUACGAUAAUUACGAGAUAUCCAAAGAACGUGAAUCGAAGCAACAUUUCCACUGAAGAGAAAAUCUCAGAUUGAACACCAUGAAGGAAAACAUUGGGUACUAUUAAGAAAGUAUUUGUUACUUUUAUCGAUUAAGUAUCCUUUAUCAAUAAAUAACUGAAAGUCUUAAUGUUAAUUUAUAUUUACAAACGAUUGCCACAUAGAUUACACUUCAUUCGUGAUUAAGAGUAACAACGUUGAAAAGAAGACAUUCAUAAUGAAAAUGUCCAAAGGUUUGCUGUUUGCUGUGGAAAAUAGAAUGAAUUGUAUUCCACUCGUUUCUAAUAACACACAAUGAAGUGUCUUUUGUAUAUUCGAUGUAUUCACAACUAUUUUUCUAGCAUCAAAGCUUUACAAAUGUAUGUGUUCUUCGUGUAAUAAUCGCUGAUGACACAUAUCACAUACAUACAUAGUUACACACACACACGUGCGAUCACACGAUAGAUCAAAAGUUUGGGAAACAUUUAUGAGAAACAAGUAUUUAAAUAUACCUGUGCUAAAGUAAAAUGAAUAAAAUAAAAAUUUCUUUUUUUGAAAUACUUUCUUUCAUUUUUUUAUUCUUGGAAAUAAAUUUUAAGAAGAAAUAAUUUCUUCUUGAAUGACAGUCACCUGUUAGAAGCUAUUGGAGUAUGAUGGUUUGUUAAAAUAGUAAUAAUACAAUAAUAUCUGACUUAAAUAAUAAUAUAAAAUAACUUUCUUCUUUAAUCAUUUCUCUCAAAAUAAUUCCCAAUUACGUAAAAUACGAAAUGCUAGUGCGUAAUGAUGAAUAUGUUCUGUUGAAUGUCACAAAUCGCAAUUUCAAAGGUAAUUUUCUUUAUAAAUUUCGAAAUGUUCACAUAGAAGAAGAAAUACAGUAAUUUAUCAAAUUAGGGCAUUGAGUUUAUAUCCUGAGAUUUAGUUGCUGUUUAAUGAUUUCUACUACUUGUUUAUGCUAUAGUAGAACCUUGACAAUGGAAUCUCAAACUUGUGUGCAAACAUGUAGAAAUAACCAUUUAGUUACAAACGAACAAAAUAAAGAGCUAUCUAAUAGAAAUUAUCCAUUUAGUUAGUUAACUUAUUAGUUGUAUGAGUUUAUAUUUGCAUAGAAUUCCAAUUUUGUUUUAGUUUGUUUACCUAAUGAGGUUUUACUGUACAUAAAAUACUGCAGUAGGUAAUUAUUUAUGAUUUAAAACAUUGGGUAUAUUCGACCUAUAAUUACGUAUUAGGAUAUAAUAUUACAACACGGUGUACGUGUGAAUACGUUUUCUAAAUAGAGUAGAAUCCUGAUUAAUUGUUCCUCGAAGAAUGGCAAAAUAGAAAAAAAUUUACACGAUGUGAAGUUUGAUUCGUGGAAGAAGAUUCUUCUAAAACAUAGCUGAUCAAAAAGGGAACCAGUUAAAAUGUGACAUGUUGACACUAGCAGUAGCAAUUAGAAUGGCUUAUUUAGAAUUUAAAAAAAAAUUAAAACAGUACAUAUCUUGAGAUUUGAAGCAUCACUUACUAUUGCAUCCGUACGAAUACACAAGUGUAUUUUACAAUUUCUCACAAAAUCAUUUUCAUAAUUGUAGUAAUUGUAAAAUAGAAAUUUUUGAAUAGGCCAUUUUAAUUUGUUUGGUAGUUCUGGUGUUAAGAGGACGUUUAUCGUAUUAUCAAAUGGAACAAGAAUGAAACGGUUCACAUUUUCUCUGCGCAGUUCGAAUGCAUUGUACCACUCCCAAACUUUUGAUUAACUUUGUAAAUAUACGAUGUGCACAAUUCUAAGAGCGAAAUUUUACAUAAUUAGCACCGAGGAAAUUAGAUUGUGUGACUGUUUAGCGAUCAGAAUAAUUGUGAUUAAUUUACUUGGAUACUUCACUCUAUUCUUUUGUAUUCGAAAGUAGGAACGUUGAGAUUUUUGUGCAAAGCUACGUUUUGGUUUUACGAUUCGUUAAGAAUUCGUUUCUCGUGCACAACCUGUGAACAUUCUUAAGUUAUUCGUGAAGUUUUGCGAACGUGCUCUGCCACUGAAAUUCGGUCAGAGUUGGGCAAUAAUUGCUGCAGAUUUUAUUUUAGCGUGUUGCAAAAUCAAAAGUGUUGAAUAAGGUACGGAAAUUAGAAUUGAAGGAAUCAAAGGAAAAUGGCAACGUUAGGGUUAAAUGGAAAUAUUGUUAGAACGAACAGAGCGACUGAUAUGUAAAUGAAUAGCAGAAUAUUUAUAUAACAAUAUAACCAUCUUUACAUGUUCUAAUGCAUUCAAAGGAAAACUAGAAAACGUAACUAAUUUUAGGAGAACAUUAAUUAUAAAAUAUUUUUUCAUUUAUAUGCAUUAGAUUAUAACAGUACUCAUAAAAUAUUUUUGGAAAUUCUAAACUACAAAGGUCUAUUAAACAGUGAAAAUACGUUUCCUAAGUAAUGUGAUUCGGAUAUAUUUUGAAUAUUUAAAGUGAUUAAUAUAAACGUAUUUAUUGCUAAUGCUAAUUAAUUAUUAAAUGAAUUUAAAUCUUGUAUUGUUCAGAUCUAUAAUAAACGUAAACCAAGGUGUUAAAUUUAACUUUGUAUCAGAUAUUGUUUGUUAACUUUGUAUUGUCAUUGAACAAAAUAAGAAAAUCAUUAAAAAAAAUAAAAUCUCCAUUAACAUGGAAAUAAGAUGUUAACCUAAUGUUACUUUGGUGUAGUUUUUGUUUUUUUCAAAGGCUAACAUAACGUAUUAGUUUAAUUAUACUUGAUUUCAAAGGUACAUUUUGCCCAACUCUGGACAAAUAAAUCUAAGAACGUCUCGAUGUGCGUCAAUUCGAUCAUUAAGGACAAAAUAGUCAAAUUAUGACACUAGGCUACCGUAAGUCCAAAGAAUCUUAUUUUGAGAAUAUCGUAGCCUCGUGUUCCUUCAAAAGGAAAAUGUUUCGUAGGAACGCUAGUAGUAUCUCAAGGAGGACUAGUAGAGUUGAUAAACUAAUUCCAAAAACAACAUAAAUUUUUAUUUUUGUACAUAAUUUUUAUUUAACAAUUUCAUAUUGUUAACACACGUUUUUCUCCAGCGAAAUUUUCGUUUCCUAGUGAAUCGAAUACAACAAAUGAUAUUAAAUGGAUAUUUUUACCAUUUAUAAUACAUGCAAAACUAAUAAUUUUUAGAAUUCGAAAAUUUUCAUUCGAAACGAGAAAUAAUUUGCUAUUGCAUAAUAUUAUUGUUUCGAUAUUUGUACUUAAUCACGUAAUAGAUACUAAAUGUACCGUUAUAUUCACGUCUCUAGCGUAUUCUGAUUACUUUAAAAUCAAAAUAUAUCUUGUCUAGACAGAUAUUUGCUGUUUAAUAAAUUAUAAAAUGAUUACAGUCUCAGAACAUUGUAAAUGAAGUAAAAGUUUGAUCGUAAGAUUAUACUUUACGUUACCAUUAUUCAUUUGUAUUUACCUAAAUACAUUAAGCUCUUAUUCCACAUCAUUUCAAUUAAAUAUGAAUAUUUUAGUAAAUCAGUACAAGCAAAAAUUGUUACGUAUUCAGAUUUAUGUGAUAUCUUAGUUUAAAAUGGAACCUUUCUUUACAUGCACAUAGAUUCAUUACUUAAAACGUUUUUAUUAUGCGAUUGUAUGUAGUUCCUCCAUGAAAUCGAUGAGAUUCAAGAUUUUGGGUAAGAAAGAAGAAACUUCGUACUGUAAAAUGCCGUCCAAUAGGAAGUACGUAGCAUAAUAUGAAAAUCGAUGGGUAUACCUCAGUAGGGCCGAAUACAUUAAUUUGAUUUGAUUAUUAAACGAACCUUCAUUGUUUAUAUGAAUUUAUUGCACAUAUUCUAUAGUCAAGCUUUGUUUAAUAUUUUACGAAAGUGAUACGAGUGGUUCACUUAAAGGACUAUCGAUUAGUACCUCCAUCUCAGUUCGAGAACUAUUUUAAGUUGAUAGUAUUUGCAGUUCAUUGAUUUUGAAAAUCAAGAAUAACAUACGUUUCUCCGAGGAAAUAAUAUAAUUCUAAUUAUUAAGUUAAAUGGAUUCACCAAUUUAAAUUCAGUAACGCAUUUGCGUGGUAAAAAUGAUCUAUGAUUACAAGGACAAAUAUAAAAUUGUCUAUUUUUCAAUCUCGCUGUACAUUACAAAUUUAUUAACAAUAUUAUAAGCUUCUAAAAUUGAUUUAUAAUUUGAUCAAACAAAAAUCUUCAGUCUAAAAAUAUUCGAAUAACUGUAGCACAAUUUUUUAAGUAUGUAAUAAAACUACUGAACAAAACUUUUAUGCUAAUUUCAAGCUGCAAGCUAUUAAAAAUUCUCUGUAGAAGUCACACAAAAACUCCAACAUACCCAUUAUUUAAAACGUCCAUAUUAUUUCGAGGAUCGUCGAAACUUUCGUUCGAAUUUCUUAAUGCAAGAAACUUUACUACUUAUUUAACCACUCAAUAAUCCUGUCCAAUACCAACAAAUGCAUUUACUUACCUAAACCGCUGAUGUGCUAUUACGUUCGUUCAUACCUAAGUGUUACGAACUAACGAUUGCCAUUAAUCAUCCUCUUUCAAUCAUCAAUGACACACACGCACUUUAUCGACGAUCAUUUCAAGCAGGAUCUCACAAUGACACGUUCAUAAGAAGUUAUUCAACGUGUAGUCCGUGCAUCGACGCCAUGUUCUUUGCUUGCUUCUUCGAUCACGGAAGCACCGUGCUCCAACUCAAUACAUUUUCUUGUUCCAUGCGAGUAAUAAUUUGUUUAUUGGCAUUACACACACUCAAAUGUCAAACGAAUUUCUUCAUAUCACAUCUACGCGCGCAAUGUUACGAGAAUAAUUCAUGGAACAAUUUUCUUCUGAAAAUUAAACAGACAUUAGGCUAUUGCCUUCAAGCUAGUUUCCUGGAAUCUAUGAUUUCUGAUGGAGUAUUUGACGAAAUAAAUAUGUUUCUAAUUUCACAAUCUGCAAUUUGCGUGCGACGGUUAUUUAAUGUAAUUAUUGGGUUGAUGCAAAAGUUUUGACGUUUUUUAUAAGAAAUGAAACGAAGAGUUCUCAACAGUUCGCUGGUUAAAUCAACAUUAAGUAAAAACGAAGGAAAAAGUGACCUUUAUACACGUUAUAAUAGUUUGAAGAUACAUGUCAUUUCGAAGAAACAAAUUUCUUUGUUAACACUAGGUUUACAGACGUUUAUUGCAUGGCUUAUUCUAUUGUUCCUAGAAAAAUUGAUAUUAGUUCGUUUAGAUCUUGAGAAUUAGGGAUCUAAAAAUAGACUCUUAAAGUAUAUAUUCGUGUAAUUGCAGCAGUCAAAACCAACGUAAACAUUUAUCAAUUAAUGUUUAUAAAAUUCUAUACGCGUCAAAUUUACGCGUUUCGUAAACCUAAUGUUAAUACUAAAACCAUCAGUCACAAUGACCCAUUCCUGAUUCCUUCGUUUCGCAAUUAUUAGAAAGAUGACAGAUGUUUCUCUGAGAAAUUAUUAAAGAAUUUGAUUUAGCAGUACGCAAACUGAAUUGCAAAUCAAUUAAAGCCUUAAUAUAUGCAUUCUUGAAGUUUCUAUAGAAGAGUUUUAAAAAGUCAAUUUAAUUGCUCGGUAGUUUUAAUGUUAAUCAUAUACAUACAAGUUAAAAAUUCUUGCAUCAACCCAAUAAAAAUUCGUCCAGUUGUUUGGAUCUUAUGAGAUAAGAUGCAAUCAGUGUUUGAUGUUGAAAGAUGCUCUCAAAACGAUUUUUCGGUGUUAACUCCUAGAUAAUCUUCUUUCUGGUCUAUCAUUAUGUCCAAAUGAUUGAAGUCCAUAAGCAUUGCAUACUAUGCAACAGUAGGUCUUAUUGCUGUAUACACAAUUGUGGAUGAUGUAGUAAUGUCUAUCAUGUGUUGUGGCAAUAGAGAGAUAUUCCUGGUAAGGUUUUUGUAGACAUCUACCAAUUGUUGAAGAAUCACAUCUUCCGAACAUGCCAUGAAAGAUUUUCGAUAAACGCUUUUUUCUUAAAGACCGUCCAUAAGCAAGUGUCGAAUAGAUUGAGAUUUAUUAUGUUUAAUGCCGUGACUCAUAGGCUUUUGUGCUGUAAAUUGCGAUUACAAUAGGACAAAUUGUUGUUGAAAUGAUGUUCGGUUGCUAUUAAUAUACGUUUGACUUUUUUUAAAUAUCAACUCUGAUGCCAUCCAUAAUGUAUUUAAUCUGGUAUCUGUGUCUGAGUCAGAGUUUGAGUUUGGAAUUUACUCUGUGUCUGUUUUUUGUUUCUUUUUUUCAAGUUUGAUCUUUGAGAUAGUGACUUUGUAUUUUGAAUACUUCGAGGUUUUCGUUUUUAGAAAAAGCUUAGUAUCCUCAAUGAAUCCAUGUUUUUCUUAAAAUUAUUUUAUUCAACUAAAUGUGUGAUAUUAUACCGAUACAUCCUUAUUUCAUAAAUCUCUACGAACGAUUUGUCACUUUUCACCAAAAAUUUUAUUUCCAAUCUGUGCUUUAAAUUGUGCUCUAUUUUUGGACAACAAGAUUUUCGAAUACAUGAUAAUGUCCAACUUUCUUAUACUGACCGUAAAAGUGGUAGCUUUGACUAAAGCAGAAUUACUUCCAUUUUUGUUUUCAAAUUGAAUAAAAUCACUUAUUUGAACAUGUAUUAUAUGAAUAAUAUCUGAAUAUUACGUAUGUCAACUAGGAACUAUUCACAGUUACGUAAUUCGACAACUCUAAAUUUGCAGCCAAAAGGACGAUGAACAAGUUUGCCAGUUUUUGUUUGAAUAAAAUUUGAUCGUUCUAAUAAUGAAAAAUGUUCUUAUUCCGAUUAGUUUGGAUAUAAAAUCCCCUAGUACUCACACCAAGAACCACGAUCGAAUGAUUUAACAGUACGAUAUAUUGAAGAAACAAUGAAUUGCAAAAACUAUAUUGGAGGGACUAUGGCAAAAUUACCGGUAAGAAAGUAUUCGCAUCUAAUUUAGUAGCCAGCACAGUUGUAAAUUAAAGUGCGAGCCAAGAUAACUGCUUAAGUUGUCGACUUUAUAUACCUACUAGGAUGUGUACAUAGAGUGAAAUGGAAAUGUCCGUCUAGAAUUUCCUUUGAUGUCCCUCGUAUAUUAUAUUAGUUUUUCCUUUUGGUACGAACUAUUUUACCAAAGUUCAACAAAGCAAGGAUAAUCUGUCUAUUUUCACUUACUGUUAUUAUGUAAGAUAUAUGCAUACGUCUAUAUAUUUUAUUUAUGUCACGCCAAUGGACGUCUGUGCGUACCUAUAUGUAUCUCUAAUGUUUAAUAAAUCGUCUUUAUGGAUACUUUCUCCGUCUUUAAUUUAUAUAUCCUGAACAGUCUGCGUAGUGUACAUUGGAGUGAU